AUCACCAUCGCCGAGAGAGGCCGAGAAGCCAGCCUUAGCUGCUGGCAACGCAACGAGCAGAGCGGAGCAUCCCCGGCCCCCGCCACUCGCGGUUCCCCCUCCGUCUCGCCUCGCCGACGCCGCACCACCCGUUUCCUUCCCAACCCAGGCGCGCCACCCUGCUGCUCUGCUUGCUUCAUUUCUUUCCUCCCACCACCGCCUGUCCGCCUCCCUCGCUUGAUUAAUUCUAGCCUGCAGCCCGGACCGCCGGAGCCAGCCAGCCAUGGAGGGGAAGAGCGUCGUCAUGUCGGCGCUGGGGAUCGGGAUCGGCGUCGGCGUGGGGCUCGGCCUCGCGUCCGCGCCCUGGGCCGGCGCCUCCGCGCGGGCCGGCCUCACCGUCGACCGCGUCGAGCAGGAGCUCAGGCGACUCCUCGUCGACGCCGCCGCGACCAAGGUCACCUUCGACGAGUUCCCCUACUACCUCAGUGAGCAAACACGUGUCGUGCUUACAAGCGCAGCGUAUGUUCACUUGAAGCAAGCAGACAUCUCCAAGUACACCAGGAAUCUCGCUCCGGCUAGCCGUGCAAUUCUGUUGUCAGGCCCUGCAGAGCUUUACCAGCAGAUGCUCGCCAAGGCGCUUGCCCACUAUUUCCAAGCAAAAUUGCUCUUGCUAGAUCCUACAGAUUUUCUUAUAAAGAUCCAUAGCAAAUAUGGCACUGGUGGCAGCACAGAGCAGCCUUUUAAAAGAUCAAUAUCUACAACGACCCUUGAGCGUGUGUCUGGAUUGCUUGGAUCUCUUUCAAUCCUUCCACAAAAGGAGCAACCGAAAGCAGGAACUAUACGCAGACAAAGCAGCAUGACAGACGUGAAAUUAAGGAGUUCCGAAAGUAUGAGCAACUUGCCAAAGCUCAGAAGAAAUGCAUCUACUUCAUCCGAUAUGAGUAGCCUGGCAUCGCAAGGUCCUUCAACUAAUACAGCUCCUCUCAGGCGUGCUAGCAGUUGGAAUUUCGAUGAGAAAAUUUUAGUACAAGCACUGUACAAGGUUCUGCAUUCAGUGUCUAAAAAGUAUCCCAUUGUACUCUACAUAAGAGAUGUCGAGAAGUUUCUUCACAAGUCCCCAAAAAUGUAUCUCCUGUUUGAAAAAUUACUAAACAAGCUUGAAGGGCCAGUGCUAGUCCUCGGAUCAAGGAUUGUCGAAAUGGACAGUGAUGAGGAGUUGGACGAAAGACUUUCAGUUUUGUUCCCAUAUAAUAUUGAAAUCAAGCCACCUGAAAACGAAAACCACCUUGUAAGUUGGAACUCGCAAUUGGAAGAAGACAUGAAGAUGAUUCAGUUUCAAGAUAACCGGAAUCAUAUUUUGGAAGUCCUUGCAGAAAAUGAUCUCGAGUGUGAUGACUUAGGCUCAAUAUGCCUAUCAGAUACAAUAGGCCUUAGUAAGUAUAUAGAGGAGAUUGUGGUAUCUGCAGUUUCAUAUCACUUGAUGAAUAAAAGAGAGCCGGAGUACCGAAAUGGAAAAUUAGUUAUAUCUGCAAAGAGCUUGUCUCAUGCAUUGGAAAUUUUUCAAGAGAACAAGAUGGGUAGUAAGGACAGCAUGAAGCUGGAAGUGACUGGUGACGCCUUGAAGGCUGCUGAAAAAGGAAUUGCUCCAACUGCUGCAAAACCAGAAACAAAACCUGCAACUUUGCUGCCACCGGUACGGCCUCCUGCCACCGCUUCUACUGCCCCUGGCACUGCUGCUGCUGCUGCCCCUGCUCCUGCAGUUGCGAGCAAAACAGAAACAGAGAAGAAGGAUAAUCCACCUCCAGCUGCAAAAGCACCGGAAGUUCCACCAGAUAAUGAGUUUGAAAAGCGUAUCAGACCGGAAGUGAUACCUGCUAAUGAAAUUGGAGUCUCAUUUGAUGAUAUCGGUGCCUUGGAUGAUAUCAAAGAAUCCCUUCAAGAACUUGUCAUGCUGCCUCUUCGACGUCCUGAUCUCUUCAAAGGUGGUCUUCUUAAGCCUUGCAGAGGUAUAUUACUUUUCGGUCCUCCAGGAACCGGGAAGACAAUGCUAGCCAAGGCUAUAGCAAAUGAAGCUCAAGCAAGUUUUAUAAAUGUCUCGAUGUCAACUAUCACGUCAAAGUGGUUUGGGGAAGACGAAAAGAAUGUCCGUGCAUUGUUCACGUUAGCUGCCAAAGUAUCGCCAACUAUCAUCUUUGUUGAUGAAGUUGAUAGCAUGCUUGGGCAGCGGAACAGAGCUGGGGAGCAUGAGGCAAUGAGGAAGAUCAAGAAUGAGUUCAUGACGCACUGGGAUGGACUCUUGUCAAGACCAGAUCAGAGAAUUCUUGUUCUUGCUGCAACCAACCGGCCUUUCGAUCUUGAUGAGGCUAUCAUUCGUAGGUUCGAGAGGAGAAUCAUGGUCGGCCUGCCGUCAAUGGAAAGUCGGGAGCUGAUUAUGAGGCGGCUUUUGUCAAAGGAGAAGGUUGAUCCAGGUCUGGACUUUAAGGAGCUAGCGACCAUGACAGAAGGAUAUAGUGGCAGUGAUCUUAAGAAUCUAUGUACCACGGCAGCAUAUCGCCCUGUGAGGGAGCUGAUCCAGAAGGAAAGGAAGGAGCAGUUGGAGAAGCUGAAGCGUGAGAAAGGAGGAGCUCCGGCGGAUCUUACAAAGAAGAAAGAAAAGGAGACAAUCAUUCUAAGGCCACUAAACAUGACAGACUUGAAGGAAGCAAAGAACCAGGUGGCUGCGAGUUUCGCUGCCGAGGGCUCCAUAAUGAGUGAGCUGAGGCAAUGGAACGAGUUGUACGGUGAAGGUGGCUCCAGAAAGAAGGAGCAAUUGACAUACUUCCUCUGAGCAAUCUGAAUGCCACACGCAGAAUGUAUGGACAUAAUUUGAAAGAGUAGAAUAGAGCACAAAACAGCCAUGAGGAAAUAGGCCCUUUUUCCCCCUUUGUGUUUGCCUGGUCACAGUAAUGCUUUUCGCUUAGGUUCUGGUCAGCCACAAAAUGACUUUGGUCUUUUUUGUGUGUGCGUGUGGACCUUUUUAGAGCUCAGGCAAGCCUAAGCUCAGUCGGGUCCAACAUUCACUUUUCUGUUUGUUUGAUGCAAGCCCUAAUGUCAGAUAUGUGAGGGCUUUUGCGAUCUUGUGCACCGAAUUUGGCAUUAAGGCCGGCACUAGCUCCGAAUUUGGCUUGGUGUGCACCGGUAA